GGCAUGGCAGACCCCAAACCCCAGUUCUCCUACGUGGUUGAGAAGCUGUGCAAACACAAACUUGCAUACAUCCAUGUCAUGGAGCCGAUGCCUGCUGAAGGCAGUACCUUCAUCAGCACACAUGGAUAUACCCGCAACACCGCAAUCGAGACGGUAGACAAGAAAGGCGGCCUUAUUGGAUUUGGGAGGUUGUUUAUGCCGAACCCCGAUCUUCCACUCCACCUGCGAAAGGGCAUCGCGCUUGAGCGGGGUGACUGGGCAACAUGGUACAUGGGCGGUAAUCUCACACCGGCAGGUUAUUCGGAUUGGCUCUUUGCGCCGGAGAAUGAUCAGCAAUAGAGCAG